UAAUUUGAAACAAUUUUGGAAUAUCACGCAGAGAGAGAGAGAUAGACUUGAGACUGGAUUCGAUUAAACAAGCAUUUCUAGUUCGUAACCCGUAAUGCUCCAGGCCAAGAAGCAACCAUUUUUAUGGUGAUGAUGACGUCGACGAUUAGAAUGAAAAUAAUAAUAAUGACGAUAACGAUAAUGAUAAUGAUGGUGAACAUGACACAUGCCAGUGCAAGCGCACACUAAUUAUGAUAAAUGCAAUGUAGAUGAGCAUCGAGACGAAGGGACAACAAGCUAAGCUCAAAUCUAACAGACACACAAACAAGCAAACACACACACUCACACACACAACACAUAAAAAGACAAAGGCAUUAAGGACCCUCGAAGGACGAAGGGCAUCGAAACAAAAGCGCAAAAAUAGCGAAAACAAUGUCAAAAUAUCAAAAACUUGACAGCGCUCUAGCAACCACAAUGCAUGAUGAUGAUUAUGACGAAAGUUUUUCACUUUACUUGGAUGAUAAUCGACAACAACAUAAUCAACAACAACAUCAAGAACAGCAGCAACAACUAGAUGAGACAAGACUGAAUCUUGUGGGUUCAAAUCGCAGCACAAACCACAUGCCAAAUGGUCAUCAUAAAUUCAACAACUACACCACCAAAAGCAACAAUAAUGCCAACAAUAUUGACAACAACAACAUCAUUGACAUUAAUACGACAACAACAAGAGUAACCGAUGCCAUGGAACUCGAAGAACAGACGUGGGAAGUGCCCCUCUUACGGAACAGCAGCAGCAACAAUAGUUGCAACAAUUUGCACUUGGCGCAUGGACCAGCUGCUGUUGGAGGUGAGCAUGGGGGCGAGGGGCAAAGUUCAUCGGGCUGUCGCAGUUUGCAACCGGGCUUUGGAACGAACCUUAAAAGCAAAUCGGCGCAAGAGGCGAAAUUUAAAAUUCUGCUCGCAAUUUCGCUGUGUUGCAUAUUCAUGAUCAUUGAAUUCCUUGGCGGUUAUAUGGCCGGAAGCCUCGCCAUUAUGGCAGAUGCCGCACAUUUAGCAUCUGAUUGCAUUAGCUUCGUCAUCGGUCUGGUUGCAAUAUGGCUGGGCUCUCGACCGCCGGACUCACGCAUGUCCUUUGGUUACAAACGCUUCGAGGUUAUGGGUGCUUUGGCCUCCAUUCUGGGCAUUUGGCUGCUUACCGCAAUGCUGGUCGUUGUGGCCAUCGAACGCAUCUACUCACAGGACUUUGUGCUGGAUGUUAAUGUUAUGAUGAGCAUUUCAGCCAUUGGCAUUGGCAUUAAUAUUAUCAUGAUGUUCGUAUUGCAUGGAUCCUGGUUUAUGGGAAACAAUGGCCAUGGCCACAGUCACAGUCACAGCCAUGGUCACAGUCACAAUCACAGUCACAGCCAUAGUCACAGUCACAAUCACAGUCAUGGAUAUGGAUAUCGAGAGGCAAAUGCAGGCAGUGGCAGCGAGGAAGGCCAUAAUGUUGUUAUACCAAAUGGCUUAAAGGCAGUCCAGCAUGACGGUGCAACGGAACGCAAUUUAAAUCUGCGUGCGGCCAUGAUUCAUGUCAUUGGCGAUCUGGUGCAGAGUAUUGGCGUCUUUCUGGCGGCUGUCUUAAUCAAAUUCUAUCCAAGUGCAAAAUAUGCGGAUCCACUUUGUACGCUGCUCUUCUCAGUCAUUGUCAUUAUGACCACGGUGCAGCUGUUCCGAGAGUCCAUUUCGAUACUGCUGGACGCGGUGCCGCGGCACAUUUGUCUGAAGACGUUGCACCAUGACUUGGCCAGCAUAACGGGUGUCAAAUCGGUGCAUCAUCUGAAUGUCUGGCAGCAUACGAGUGACCACAGCGUACUGAUGGCGCAUCUGGUUGUGGAUCUGGCGAGUGAUUCAGAUGCGGUGUUGGAGCUGGCAACGAAAUUGGCCUGCGGCAGCAAGUACAACAUCAAACAUGCGACGAUACAAAUCGAACGUUUGACUGAGUAACUCAAUUAUGAAAUUAGCAAAUAGCUUAAUUAAGUUUUAUUCAACUAUAAAAAAACAACAACAACAAGAUUAUAUUCUGAGCGACCAAAGUCUGUGUGCUAUGAUUAUCAAGAGUACCGUGAUGUGAUUAUAAAUACUUUAUGUAUAUUUUUUUGAUUAUUGUACUAUUCGUAAAUUUGUAAAUUUAUUUUAUGACAUUUAAGAUAAACAAAACGUAAUUUUUAUGAUAUUUCCCCACCCAAAUUUCGGCUCUCUCUCGCAAUUACCUCAGCAAUUAAGCUCGGAGUGUGAGCGAAAAUAAAAAAAGUAACUA